AAACCAUGCUCUUUGUUGCCAUAAAGCUUUAGGAAUCUCUCUCUCUCUCUCUCUCUCUCUCUCUCUCUCUCUCUCUCUCUCUCUCUCUCUCUCUCUCUCGCUUGUGUGUUUAUGUGUGUGGAUCGCUUUGGAUUGUAAUCUUCGGGCAGGCAUGUAGAGAAAGUUAGGAACGUUACUGCGCUAUUGGAAGUGUCCCGGGCAAGAAAAGGAGAGGACCAAGAAAAGAAAAGUCUGCUAACUUCUAGCGUUCAUGCGGAAAGCUUAGAGCGCAGCGCAUUUCCAACUAGCAAGAAAAAAGUGAAGAGGAAAGUUCGGAAAAGUUGAAAUAUUUUUAAAGGGAAAGUCCGGUCGGAAAAGUAUCUCAGCUUAGAUGCAGCUCUAAGGAAUGUGCAGUCACCAUGGAAACACAGUCCCAGGCAAGUUCAACAGCAGAGAAGAAAAAGAGGGUAGAGACCAUCAUGGCAACCAAGAGAUCAUCCUUGACCCAAACUGAGAUCAGCGAAAAGGCUGUGGCUUCCAGCACCACAUCCAACGAAGAUGAGAACUCUAGCUCUCCCUACCAUCGGGAUAAGCGCAAUGUGAUUAGCGCUCAAUUACCAGUUCGAGGCCAGGGUUCAGUGGCUGCUAAGAUGAAUGAUGAACCAUCCACCUCCACAGAAGAGCAACCCUUGCUGGUGAAGAAGGAGUUGCAGACCACCCUGCCCUACUUCCAUGAACACACACUUCCUUACCGGGGCACACUGUUUGCGAUGGACCAUCGAAACGGCUAUCUGGACCCUCACUAUACGCCAGCUAAGUUCUUCCCUGGAUUCCACAAUCCUGUGCCAGUGGACGAAAGACACACAGAGGGACGAUACAUCUAUGAUCCCUCUCCUUUGCCACCAAUCCAUGUGCCUCCAGUACUGGCAGGUAGCCCUGCAUUUUCUGAUAUAUCCGUUAUCAGAUUCUCACCCCACCGGAAUUCUUCAUGUGUUGGAGUGGAUUCACCCUUUAGCCCCCCACACCCGUACAUCAACCCCUACAUGGACUACAUCCGCUCCAUUCAAAGCAGCCCUUCUCUUUCUAUGAUCUCUGCAGCCAGGGGACUCAGCCCUGCAGAUGCCCAACACACUGGUUUGACCACUGCAGAAUACUACCAUCAAAUGGCAAUGCUAGCAGGUCAUCGUAGCCCCUAUGCUGACAUAAUUCCUUCCACCAUAUCCAACACUGGAGCAGGGACCAGUACAUUGCACAUGGAAUACCUCCAAGCUCUGGAAGCCGGGUCUCGCUUUCCCAGUCCGAGAUUUCUUACCCGUCAGGGUAGGAAACGACCCCUUCCUGGUUCACCAUUCUCAGACUCAAGUUUUGAUUUUCAUGCAAUGAUCCGGAAAUCACCAAAUUCCCUGGUGAGCAUCCUGAACAGCUCUAGGCCCAGCUCAUCUACCAGUGGAUCCUAUGGCCAUCUGUCAGCUGGCACUAUCAGUCCUGGACUGAGUUUUUCCUACCCUCCCACCCCAGUUGCACUGCAAAUGCAUCAGCAGAUAAUUGGCCGGCCUCCUGGCAUUGUGCAUUCUACUUUUGGGCACAGUCCCCCUCUCAUCCACCCUGGUCCUGCCUUCACUGCCCACAGACCUAUAGCAGGCAUCACCACUUCAGGACCUGGGCCCACAGAGCGUGCCAUCAUCUCCACUGACAUACAAAGUAAACCCACCAGUGAGUCUGCAGUGACCAGUACAGGAGACCCCAUGCAAAACAAACGAUCCAAACUCAAGCCUCAUGACGAUCCUCCCAGCCCUGGUGCAGAUAGUGUGCAGGAUCAUCUGGAAGGAAUGACCCAGGUGAAAGAGGAGGAAGAUAAGCAAGAUGGGAAACAAGAGCCAGAGGUGGUGUAUGAGACUAACUGCCACUGGGAGAACUGCUGCAGAGAGUUUGACACCCAGGAACAGCUUGUGCAUCAUAUAAACAAUGACCAUAUACAUGGAGAGAAGAAGGAGUUUGUGUGUCGAUGGGAAGAGUGCUCUCGAGAUCAGAAGCCCUUCAAAGCCCAGUACAUGCUGGUGGUACAUAUGCGCAGGCACACAGGCGAGAAACCACACAAGUGCACGUUUGAGGGCUGUUCCAAGGCCUACUCUAGACUGGAGAACUUAAAGACACACUUGCGCUCUCACACAGGAGAGAAACCUUAUGUGUGUGAGCAUGAAGGCUGCAACAAGGCCUUCUCAAAUGCAUCAGACCGUGCCAAGCAUCAGAAUCGGACCCACUCCAAUGAGAAACCCUAUGUAUGCAAAAUACCCGGCUGCACCAAACGCUACACUGAUCCCAGCUCUCUGCGCAAACAUGUAAAAACUGUUCAUGGUCCUGAGGCCCAUGUCACUAAGAAACAGCGCGGAGAUGUUUAUACCCGACCCCCGGCUCAUACCCGUGAGCCUGUAGCCAAUGGACAAGGCCGGUUGUCAAAAUUGCAAUGCACCUUUGAAGCAUUUCCUGACCAAAAGGAGUAUAACAAUGCUACCUCAAAACAAAAUGACUGUCUGCCAGUCAAGUCAAUAAAGACAGAGAAGCCCAUGACGGCUCAGCCAAGCCCUAGCAGUCAGUCUCCAUGCAGCAGUUACCAGUCCCCCAGCAGCUCCCAUUUCAACCAUGGAGUCCAACUUACUGUGAGCUCUAUUAGCCUUACGGAGGAGGAGGUGGUGGAGGACCAGGAGUUUGAACAGAAGGAUGAAGAGAAGGACAGUGAGGGAGAAGAGGGUUAUUCCUCUAUCAUGGUCUCUACUGUAUCCACUGCUACAGCCACAGCAGCUACUCUAGCCCUACAGUCCCACAGGAGCCUAGGGCAGCCCUUGCGCUGGAUGGAACAGGUUAAGAUGGAUAGGCUCAGGCAGGUAAAUGGAGAGACAUCAAGGCUGGGACAUCUGUCACACACUGCACCCUCUAAAGUCCACAGUCUCCCCACCCUCACAGGGAAAGGCUUGGGUAAACUCAAAAGAUCUUGUGGGGGUGAACCAAUGCCUCAGCCUUCAUUAAAUCCUGAGCCAUCCAGCACAGAGCUGACAAUGCUGAGCCUUUUACGGGAUCGCUGUGAAAGAAGUGGCAGUGCCACCAGCUCAGCCUACCUAAGUAUCUCUCCCUGCUUCUCAAGCCGCUGCUCGAGCCAAGCCUCACAGUCUAACCACAGUCAGCAAAGACAGCUGCACAGUCCCAGUGAUACUGACUCAUAUGACCCCAUCUCCACUGAUGCCUCACGUCGCUCCAGUGAGGCUAGCGUACAUGGUGGAGGUGGUGGUUCCUGUGGGGUAGUCAUUGGAGGAUCCUGGGGAUGUGUAAAUGGAGGUGUGAGAGGAGAUGGGAUGGGAUCAAGAGGUAUACUGAACAUAACACCAGCAGAGCAUUAUCAUCUCAAAGCAACAUAUGCAGCUGCAACUGGUGAGCCCCCUCCAACACCUUUGUCUCACAUGGAACAAGUGAGCUAUAAAAUUCAAACAACUAAGUCCAGGGAUGUGAAAGGCACAAAGCAGAUCGUAUUGCCAACACUACUCAGGCCAUGUUGCAGUAGUGAUGGACAAAGCAGUCACAGUAAAUACAGACAGAGGGGACUGUAUACAGGGGAAAUCCCAAGCAAUAGUGACAGAAGAGCAAAUGACUCUCUAGGGCCAAGAGAACAAAAUACCUAUCAAAGUCCUCAGGUACAGCGUUUUGGCAGCCUGAACAACAUGGGACAAUUACCCUCUCUGGUUGUAAAUUAUGUUCCAGGAGGGGUUGGUAGAAGUACAACCCAACAAAACUACACCAAAUUAGAGGGCAAUAUACAGAGUGGUCAGGUCUCCCUUUUCCUUCCUAGCAUUGUGAAGCAAUCAGCACAAUCAGCUUUAGCCAUGGAGCAUGAUGAGGCUCUGUUAUUUAGGGAUGAUGACAUUCAUCCUGAGGAUUAUCGAGCUCCCUGCAGUCAGAAAAAAUUCAUAAAUUGUCAAUUUCACAAAAGCUAUUUAACCCAGAAUAGCAAGGAGGUGCAAAACACACAGAAUCCUUCACAGCAACAUGCGGCACAUGAAACACAAAGUCCCAAUAAAGAGAGACUGCUGAUCAAGAGGAAUGAGGUCAGCUCAGGAAUUCCAGAUUGUUUACCUCCUCAGGAGCCAGGGAGGUGUCAGUGGUGGCCAAAACAAAUUAAAACAGUAGACCUUCCGUUUGGUCAUUUUGAAAAUAUGAUUAUACAACAGCAGCUCCCUUCAAACUUCAGAAACAAACAACACCCUAUUCAGAGGAGUACUGUUCACCAAAAAAAACAACUGAGAAUUGGACACAAAUGCUCAAAUCAACAUAGACAAGAAGCGAAUUCAAGUCAAUCAAUAUCUUGCAGAAUGAGCCAAGUAGAGUCAGUAGAGUCUAGACAUUGGAACUGCCAUGGCAAAAGAAGGAACAGCUUAGUCAAAUAUAACUUUGGUCAGCACAACUGUCAAAAUGCCCUGAGUCCCAUCCAACCUGGUAGCCCUUUUCAAGCUAGUCAGUCAGAAAUUCAACAGCUUCAACGUAGCUCUGAAAUUCCAUAUCAAAGAAGUGGUAAUUCCUUCCCGCAUGAAACAAUAAAAUCCAGUUUAUCUCAUGCCUUUGUGGUCUCUCUACAAUCCCAGCAUGCAAUGUCCAGCCAGCAUGUGGAUCAAUACUCCUCUCAAUCACAAGAAUAUUCUGGCCAACAGAUUUUCAGUUGUCACAAUACACAGACCUACCAAAGAUUUAAAAAAUUUAAUAUUACUAACUGUUCACUUGCCAACCACAUUUCAGGAUUUAAACUAGAAAUAGAAGAUACACUUCAAUCAAACUUAUGCUCUUCCAUGCAGAAACAGCAAGUGUUCGAGCAGUGCUUUGACCCUGCUAAGUCUUCAAACUUCAGAGCUCAGCACUGCCAUAUAGAAUCAUUUAAAAUUCAGACUGGAGUAACUUGUAAACCCUUGGAAGAUCUUAUGUCACCUGGGGCUGAUCAGGUGACCAGCACAGUAGAAAUCAGCCCAGAUGACAGUGUUCAGGAUAAUUUUUAUCAUUUUUUCUCCAUCAUGGAUGAUAACUUUGACCAGAGCAGUCCUGUUUCUGAUGUCAUCAGUCCUAGUGUUCUUCAUGGUUUGUCACAGACUUUCUCUUGCCUUACAAAACCACACCUCUCAGCAGUACUUCAUAGUUUGACUCCUGGUACAACCAACAUGGCCAUUGGAAACAUGAGCUCCCUCCUGACUACCCUUGCAGAAGAGAGCAAGUUUCUUGCACUUAUGCAGUAGUUUUUAUGAUCCUCAAAUAUAAUGAGGAAAACAGUAAUAUACUGAAUUAAAAUAAAAAUAGGAGGAGAAAUCUUGGAUUUGUCAGCAUAAGGGAAGUUAAAUAUAGUAUAGUAUAACUGCUAUUUGUAUAUGUAUUAGUCCAUUCACCUAAGCCCGAAUAAUUAAUUUAUACUGUGCAAUUAUAUAAAUACAUAAAAUGCAUUCUGUUUGUGGAAUAAUUGAAUAUACAAAAGCAAGUCUCAUUUUAGGUGGUUUGGUGACAACAGCUUAAUCCCCCCUCAGUAAAACACUGUUCAAUUCAAAUCAAUUUAGUCUUAUUUUAUAGUGUUUCUAGCAAGUCAUAAUCACAGAGCAGCUUUACAGAAAUAUCUAAAAUCUGGAUAUUAAUUUUACAUUUAUAAAUUUAUCCCACAAUAUUCUGUGUAUUAUUGCUGUUUUGAAUAUUGUUAUAAAAUGUUAUGAAUGAAAUUUUUUUUCAGAUAUGCACACUUCCUUUUUUGCAAGUAGAAAGUCUCUAUGUCUUGCAUACCGUUGUCUAAUUACUGGUUCUUAUUACAAGCUGUGCACAUUAUGAAAAAAAAACCAACAGGUUAUAAUUUUCUGUUUUCCCCAAGACAGUGCAGUUUAAUAUUUUAAACUAAAUGUGGCUAUAAAUAUUCUUCUUCUUCUUCUUCUUCUUCUGUAUUUUCACACCCAUGGUUAUUGUGUUUGCCUGUGAAAAAAUGUGACACAAAGUAGAAAUCAUUUUCCAAUUUUCCAAGCAGUAUUAAAACAUAUAUUUAUGUGUACUUAACAGUUUUAUAAGUAAUACUGUAGGAAAUGGGUACUGUUUUAUGUUGUUGUUAUUGUUGUUGUUGUUGUGUAUGUGAAAGUAGUUGUGUUUUUGUUUUCAAAGAAUUAUAUUUCUUGAGGAAAGGACUUUUGAGAGAAGGUUUUGGCAUGGUAUGUUUGUGCCUGAUUAGUGCCUAUCGAUAUAAAAAGGAACACUGCCAGUCUUUUAUAAUGUAUUAUUACAUGUAAGGAAUGUGCAGAACUCAGCAAGAGACCUACAUUUUCACAUACAACUUGAAACCACAAAUGUUACUGGCACAGCUGGGGCGUUAGGUGUAACAUCAAAACAUAUCUUUUAGAAGAUAUUUUAACACAUUUCUCACUGUUUUAUACUUGUGAAUACAUUAUUCAUUUGUAGACUAUAUAGCAGAGUUUAGGUAACAAUGUUUACCAAUAUGAGCAUACAUACCAAGCAGGAAUUCCUUACCCUAUAUUUAAAUACAAGCAAAGGUAAACUAGGCUGUACUGAGUGGCAUAAAGACCACCUUAUAGAAUUCAAAAUCUGAAUCUUUUUUGUAACAAACCACAACAAAUGUUUGUAAAACUUUAAUAAAAAAAAUGCAUGGAA